CGGGUGAUAAAGCGACAGAGAAUGUGCAAUGUGCAGUGCCUUUGGCCGGUUUUCCACCGUUCCGCAGCAGCAGCAGCAGCAGCAGCCAUCAUGGCAGGCCAAGUGCCACCGAGAGCAAGUACACUGCUCAAAUCGUGGUAGGCGGUUAAACAGGCAGGUCGUGGCGCGCAAGUGUAUUCUGCACGCUAUACUCAGUCCACACUCCACACGCACUUGGCCGAGCGAAGGAAAGGAGAGCCCAUAGUCGGCGAAUAUGUUGUUUUUGACUCGGCGUAGUAGGCAUACAUUGCUGGAUUGUUUCGGAUAAUUGCUAGCGCCGCGUGCAGACACAGCCUCUGUACGUCCCUCUCACCUUGUGCAAUAGUUUUACGAAAUUUUCCCCUCAACUCGAGGAAAACCAAGUAGUGACAGUGAAUAACCCCAACAAUCAUCCCUCUACACUUGUGAUAUUUUGCGUUUAACCGAGUGACAUUAACUUAUCUGUGAUUUUCCCUCCUCAUCAGUGAAUUUUUUAUUUUUUUCUGGAUUACGCCUAGAAAUUGGAACGAUCACCUCAGGAACUUUCUCAGGAUUGACAUGUCAAAUCUCCCCCAUCGUUACCCCAAAACGUGAAGCCCCAACAUAAUUUCCCCAUCCAGAGGUCCGCAACACUCCGUCAAAAUUCUCCAUCCAAACCACCUUCCUCCCGAUCCCUCUGUCAAUGCAGGGGAGAUAGCAGAGCACCCUUCGCAGAGACCGGACGCGGUCUGUGCGAGUCAAAAGGGCAGUGGUGUACAGAACGGCAUAAUCAUUGGCGUAGAGAUUGCACCUUCUCAGUGCCCUAUGGGGGCCGAGACCUCCCCAGAGCAGCAGUACUCGCUGCGAUGGAACGAUUUUCACUCGUCCAUACUUUCUUCCUUCAGGCACUUGAGGGACGAGGAGGACUUCGUAGACGUCACCCUGGCGUGCGACGGCUGCUCCUUCACCGCCCACAAAGUCGUCCUUUCCGCCUGUAGUCCGUAUUUUAGGAAAUUAUUGAAAGCGAAUCCUUGCCAGCAUCCUAUUGUUAUAUUAAGAGACGUCCAACACAAAGAUAUGGAGAGUUUAUUAAGGUUUAUGUAUAAUGGUGAAGUGCAUAUAGGUCAAGAACAGUUAACAGAUUUUUUAAAGACUGCACAAAUGUUACAAGUGAGAGGAUUAGCGGAUGUCCCUGCUGGAGCGGCAUCUGUUGGACAAAGACUGACCAGCACAACUACAGAAGACAAAAUUUCACCUAACACAUCGUCCUCAUUGCCAUGGUCAACGGAAAAACGGGAAUACGAAGACAGAGGAUCAUCCCCGCCUCCUGCCAAGAGAGCGAGGAGUUCAGACAGGGGAGAAGCCACCCCAGACAGGCACAGAAGUCCUUCCAGAGGAAACGGUGACAUGCAGGAAUCACUGUUAGGACAAGCCUUGGAAGGCCCCACACCGAAGGAGCAGAAAAUGAAUUCAGAAUCGUCGAUGCAAGCCCACUCGACCGGAGAGGAAAGUAAUAGCAGUGAUACUGCAAUGAGCGAUCACCAGGAUCCAAUCACCCCAAAGACUGAAAUUUCCGAUUACCCCAUGUUAGACGACCACCACCCCUAUAAUAGUAAUGGGGGUUUAAUGGAUCAAAGUAGGCAGUCGUCAUUUCCUGGUGCCCUUCUAGGAUUACAAGGAUUAGGAGGCCUCUUACCAGGACCCUCAGGAAUGCAUGGAACGCCAGAUAGUUUUGUAUCUAGACGUUCCUUGGACAUGAUGCGAGUGAGGGCUACAGACCCUCGUCCCUGUCCAAAAUGUGGUAAAAUCUACAGAUCUGCACACACUUUGAGAACUCAUUUGGAGGAUAAGCACACGAUAUGUCCGGGUUACAGAUGUGUUUUAUGCGGUACCGUGGCUAAGUCCAGGAAUUCAUUACACUCACACAUGUCAAGGCAACAUCGAGGUAUCAGCACGAAAGAUCUACCAGUUGUUCCAAUGCCUGCCCCUUUCGACCCAGAACUAGCAAGCAAAUUGUUGGCUAAAGCUGGAGUCAAAAUCAGUGCGGCAGAACUCAGAGCCAGAGCAUCACCGACAGGUCCUCGGAGAUCAGACGUGAAACUUGACGCCAAAAGCGCCUUUUCUGGAGGGGUCUCAGAGGGUGGCAGUUCGAUAGGCGGAGACAAUGACCCAGAAGACCUAACAACGUCCAGCAGGUAUGGUGGAAUGGAUCUUGGAAUAUCCCCACCUUUAAAUCAUCAAAAUAAUUACAAAUUCAAUAGGUACAGCUCAGCUGGACAAGCAGUCGCUGCCAAAAGUAUAGACUCAAUUGCUCAAAACAUGUCCAAGGAGCCUUAUCCAGGACCAUUACCACCGCCAGUUUCGGGCGCCAACACCACAGGCUCCGCCAUUUUAGACACCUACCUUCAAUUCAUAACCGAAAAUAGUCUGGGCAUGGGCAUGAUGUCUGAGCAAGCUGCAGCAGCCGUUCAUGCUGCCAAAUUGGCUCAGUUGAACGCGAUGGGUUUGGACAAAGCGUCGCAGCAUCACUUCCUGGAGAAAAUGCAGCAGCAGAUGCAAACUGCCAAUGAUUUCCUCAUGAAGAGGAAUGAUGACAUCAGAAGGAACGAAAAUGACAUUAAAUUGGAGAGAGGAGAAGAGGGAGAGUCUUCAGGAGGAGAAGAUGAUGAUUACAGUGAUGAAGAGGCAGAACCAGAACAAUUGAAAGCGUCCGAUUAGUCAGUGGAAUCGGACAGGGAUGAAUAUCAGACUGUUAAUCAGAUGAAUCCUUGAAUUCCAUCCAUCUACCUCAGUUUAACGGAGUAAGAGUAGGAACACGUCUUGAAACUCAUCUACUUAUACGAUUCUAUAAACUAGAACAUUUGAAAAUUCCAUCCGUCUACCUCAGAAGUAGUGUUUAGUAGAGAAAUACAAGAUUAUAUGAAUAGGAUUUUCACAUGUAUACGGUACAUAAAAAGUGUAUACUAGAUAAAAUUACGAUUGAGUAUAAUUUGAUGUUGAAAAAUACUCAUUUUCGUAAAUUAUUUUCGAAAAAACGAUGUAAGUAACGUUACUUUGAACGUAGUGUAAAAUUAAUAGUAAACGUCCUUCUCUAACGAGAAAAUUGUCCAAAACAAGGUUCAACUAUUGCAUCUCGAGUAGUGAGACCAAUUUAAACCCAAAGUUACAUAUUGGUAGUCAGAAGGCUGACUAUCCUAUCCAAUUUCGUCUAGAAGUAUUGCUAAAAUAUAACUCGGUUUUUUUCAGUAAUUGGUUUUUAGUCCAGACCAUCUAAACAUUGUACCUAGAAAAAAUUUCGAAGUUAAUGGAACUUUUACAGGUUGUUUGGUUUUGGUGAUGCUCUUGAAUCAUUCUGUCAAGUUUUCCAAUUUGA